CGUUCUCUUAUUCACAGUUGGUUUCUCGUUGUGGACGGUUGUCGCUUUCGUCGUUGCCGUCAAUUUUAGUCGCGCGCGUGUGUAGUUCUUAAACACAACCAAAAUAUGAAUUGCACGCAAUUGUAUUAAUCACCCAACACUCGCACAUCCACACAAAUAUAAAGACAAAUCGAACAAUUGAAAUCUAACACGCACAAUGGCGUCGGCUGUGGAAAUAACAACAACAACACCAUUGACGGCCAACGGAACUGCAGCUGCAACCGCAGACUCCGCCAGCGCUGUGUACGCCGAGCAACUGCAACAGGCGGAGGAGGAGAAACGGCAGGAAACCGGUGAAUCAAAUGAAAUAACGGCUGUGCCGCGUUAUGGAUUAAAACUAAAAUUUGAUCACGUUUGGCCUGAGAAACGUAAUCAAAAUUUGCGGCCAUCGAUAAAACAAUCGCUGCCCAUGGUCCCAUUAGUGUGCAGAUAUGCGGCCUACUAUUGGAAGGUCUCUCGCGAAGGUCGUCGCGUGUACAUGGAUUAUUAUUAUAUGGAACAUGGUAAGCAGAUCUAUGGAGUGCCCAUUGGGGGCAUUGGUGGCGGCAGCAUUGGACGUGGCUAUGCUGGCGAAUUUUGUCGCUUUCAGAUGCGUCCCGGCAUCUAUGAGUACAAUGUGGUGCAUGCCAAUCAGUUUAUAGUCACCAUCAAGGAUCACAAAGGUUGUACCAUCUUUCAGAGUUUGCUUUCCAAGUGCAGCACCAAGUCAAACAAGGCAAAGACCAACAACAACGAUGCCGACGCCGAUGAGGCCGAAGCUCGCAAAACUAAAUGUCAACUGCCCAAUUGCAGCAGCCGCCCCCGACAGCCAUUGAGUGCCUGGCACUCAAACAUUGAGGACUCCCGAUGCAGCUAUACGGGUCUCUAUCCCCGCGCCUGGACCGAAUACGAUCUAUCGCUCUAUGGAGUGCGUUUGGUGUGCCGCCAGAUCUCGCCAGUGAUUCCACACGACUACAAGGAGUCGAGCCUGCCCUGUGCCGUGUUUGUAUGGUCGGCCGAGAAUGUGAGCGAUCAGGAGCGGAAGGUAUCGAUAACGUUUACAUUUAAGAAUGGCACUGGCAACAAGAAACAGGAUGCUGAGGGCAAUGCCGAAUCGGAACUAAUCAGCGAAGGCAAUGCCAAAGGUGUGGCCAUCAGGCAGAAAAUCAACGAGAUGCCAUGUAGCUACAAUCUGGCCUGUCGCGUCUUGCCCGAGAUUAGCAUAACGCGUUGUCCGCAAUUCGAUCCGGCUGGCAACGGUGAGCAGUUGUGGGCACAGCUGAAGGAACAUGGCCAACUCAAUGAGCAACCCACCACGGAGGUACUCAAGACCAAGGACAUUGGUGUGGCUGUCUGUGCUCAGCUGGCGCUGAAGCCGAAAGCUUCGCAUGAAUUGGAAUUUGUACUAGCAUGGGAUAUGCCCAAGAUACAAUUUCCACGCAAGCUGCAGACGCACACUCGCUACUACACGAAAUACUUUGAUGACAGUGGCGAGUCUGGUCCGAGGAUAUGUGAGUACGCAUUGAAGCAUUAUCCCAGCUGGGAGCGACUCAUCGAUGCCUGGCAGCGACCCAUACUUAACGAUGAUGGCCUUCCCGAUUGGUAUAAGUGUGCCAUAUUCAAUCAAUUGUAUUUCAUCUCUGAUGGUGGCACCUUGUGGCUCAAAUGUGACUCUUCACUGGGCACUCAGCUGGCUUACGAUGAUCCGCGCUUGGCGUAUGGUCGCUUUGGUUAUCUAGAGGGCCAUGAGUAUCGCAUGUAUAAUACGUACGAUGUGCAUUUCUAUGCCUCGCCUGCAUUGGCUCAUCUCUGGCCCAAUUUGCAAGUGAGUUUGCAGUAUGAUUUCAAAGAUGCCAUUGCCGCGGAGCUCAACGACACUCGAAAAAUGCUCUACGAUGGCAAAGUGAUGCCGCGCAAAGUUAGGAACUGUGUUCCACACGAUCUAGGUGAUCCUGAUGAAGAACCCUUUACGCUUAUCAACUGCUAUAAUAUACAUGAUGUCAACGACUGGAAGGAUCUCAAUACCAAGUUCGUGCUUCAGGUCUACAGGGACUACUAUGUUCUAAAUGAAUUGGCCCAGGCGCAGGCGGACAAUGCCAGCAAGUUCAGCUCCAUAGAAUUUAUCGACAAGGAAAGUCUCUACGAGCUCUAUUCCCAGGAUAACAAGCGCAAGAACUCGGCAGAUGAAAAGCAACAAAAUCGCAAAUCUGCUUCCAUGUACAUCAAUGAGACCAAUGGCAAGGUAUAUCUUAUGGAUGCAAUGGGCUACUUAAAGGCCAUGUACGGCGCCUGUAAAGCCAUUAUGGAACGCACUAUUGAGUAUGACAAGGAUAAUGAUGGACUUAUUGAAAACACUAAAAUGCCUGAUCAAACCUACGACUCUUGGGUUAUGGAUGGCCCAAGCGCGUAUUGCUCUGGUCUUUGGCUAGCUGCCUUGCAAACAAUGUCGGUUAUGGCCACACUUUUGGAUCAGCCCAACGAUUGUCUGCGCUACCAGGAUAUUUUGGAGAAGGGCAAGCAUGCGUUGGAGGAGAAACUUUGGAAUGGCAGUUACUAUCGAUUUGAUUUGUCCCACAAUCAUAGAGAUACAAUUAUGGCUGAUCAGUUGUGCGGCCACUGGUAUUUAAAGUCUUGUGGCUUUGAUUAUGAGAUCUAUCCCAAGGAGAAUGUACGAACUGCUUUGAAGCGCAUUUACGACAACAAUGUGAUGGGCUUUCAUGAGGGCAAUAUAGGUGCUGCGAAUGGUUUCAUUGCGAAUGCUAGCGAGCCUUCAAAGCCGGGUCACGUAGACAAUAGCAACAUUCAAGCCGAGGAAGUCUGGCCAGGUGUUGUGUAUGCUUUAGCUGCAACCAUGCUACAGGAGGGUAUGUUCGAGGAAGCCUUUCAGACCGCUGGCGGCAUGUACAAGACCAUAUCGGAGCGUAUUGGCAUGAACUUUGAAACCCCCGAAGCGUUGUAUGGUGAAAAACGCUAUCGCUCGAUUGGUUAUAUGCGACCCCUAAGCAUUUGGUCCAUGCAAGUAGCUUGGGAGCGACGCAAGGCGCUACGUGACUAAAUUCACAGUACAAUCCUAUGUAUACCUAGUUGAUUUACCUUUAUAUCUACACUUACGAGUAUGUACCGCGAUACCAAAGAUAUUUGUAAGCUAUCAUUGAGGUUCUUAGCUUUUUCGUUUUUGAGAAAUCGAUCGUAACGUUACGAGCUUAAAUGGCAAUUC